AUGGCCAUUGCUCAUAGCGAGUUGCCGGGUCCCGCGAGUCCUUCGAGAACUCCAGAAGAUGCUCCCUCCACCAAGGCCUCUGGUCCUCUUUCUCAAGCCGCACACAGUGCCGGACACAACGAAACCAGUGAAGAUCCCAUUCCUUCCUCAUCAGCGUCUCGCCUGCAAUGGCUAUACUACGGAACCAUCUCCAAGUAUGUCAAUCUCCUGGCAGGUUGGCAAGCGCGCUUCCUCGUCAUAUAUCGUGAGGGCGAGUCGGAAUGCUCCGUUGCCUAUGCGCUCAACGCCGAAGAGGCCGAAAAGCACCAGUUUCGCGCCAUUAUUCCACUUGGCAUGAAUCUGCGCGUACAGGACAAUGGACAACGGUUCAGCGUGUCUGAUGGCCACCGCAUCUUCUGGUUCUUCUCCACCCACACGACUGCCUGGCGCCAGGCCCUUGAGAUGGCGGCCAACAACAUGGAAACCAUCCCAUCCAACACGCCUGCUACCAAAUGGCCUCAGGCGAUUGGGGAUGAGGAGCCAUCAGCAACAGCCAUCGCCGAAAGCGAUGAACUUUUACAAUUUGAACUCGUUGAUGCCGAGGAAGUGGGCAUCGCCCGGCAGCCCACGGACCUGGCAUCGGCAUUUGUGUUUCAGGUGGAUCGACAGCCCCAUACUCUGGGCCUCGGCGCGUCGUAUGUUAUUCGUACCGAGUUGCGCGACCACACCACGGACGAAGCCGAGGCUGCUUGGUCGCUUCAUCUUUCCGGAGAAGAACUGCGCCGCCGGCUUACCGUGCUCGAGUCCCUUUUGCCAUCCGAACUCUGUGCUGAGCUACGCGCUUAUGCACACAACAAGACACCUCGCAACGGGCUUCGGUGGCUUCUGGCCCCUCAGCUCGAGGCUGCUGACGCGCAGGCCUGGCUCAGCGCAGCCGCUUCCAUCCUGCCCCACGCGCAACUUUUGAGCACCUUUUUUCGCGCGGAAGAAUUGCCCGAUGCUUUACAACAACAACAGAUCGUCUUCAGUUUGGACGUGGUCGAACAAUGCCGCCACGAGCUGACCAAGCACUAUUUUAACCGUCGCAGCUUGGGUCAGGUCAUGCAAGUCAUAAACGCACUGCAUGUCGAAGAUCAGCUCAUCGAUCUACUGCUAGCUCGCCUGCGCACAUCCUAUGAUGAGAACCACACCGUCUUGCAAGCAGAGGGCGAAGCCAUUCUGGCGCUUGCCGCGGGCGACGACCUCGACUCGCUCAGCACUCUAGAGCAGACUCACCGUGCUCUACUCCGUGCCAGUCCGACCCAGCUAUUGGAGCAAUGGUUCGACAAGCGUGUGGUCUUACCGCCGUCUACACAAGCCCUCUUGCAGAACCAAAGCGGACUGGCCGAGUUGCGCUGUGACUUGCUGCAUGCGUGCGCUGAAGCCCACGAACGCGCUGCGCGGCAGCUGGCCACAGACGCUGCUCGCUUUGAACGUGGGCGGUUGCCCCACGGGCCCAACAGCGCAACUGUAGUGGAGUCAGAGGCCCGACACGCCGAUGACGCCAUUGACUGGACCGAACCACUGUCACAACGCCAGCGGUCUGCCACCACCGCAGGUGCCCAAGCCCUGUCUGCCCGAGCCCGAGUGUUGCGGCUCAAGCGCUUGCAGUGGCUGCUGGCCAUUCGUCAAACGUACGAUGAACUGGAAGAGGGUAGUCAGAGCCGUGAACUCAGCGUGCUGGAGCGUUUGCACGAGCUCUUGGCGCGUUUAGAAGUCAUGUGUGAGCGGGUGGUCGACGCUUUUGCAGAGGGAGCGCGCUUGGCCCAGCAGCAGCAGGAGCUUGCACUGGCGGGGUUUGUAGCUGAAGCUACCAUGACCGUGAUGCGUCGCAAGCGCGAACAACGUGCCGCGCAACAGCGAUCUGCCAAGUUGGCCGGGAUUCGCAGUGCCACUGUUGCCGUCAAGCUGAAGUUGGAUGGCGUUUGCGAGCGUGCGCAAGCUUUGAUACGUCGUCAUACGGCGCACACGCAGGCCAAGCGUCGUGCCACACACAACCGCCAGCACCGCGAGGCCGCGUUGUGCAGCAGUGAAGGGGCUCGUGCCCAGGCGCGCAACCGAAGUUUGGCGUUUGUGGCCAACCACCUGCCAGCCUUGCAAGAAGCCUCGGCUCAAUUGAGCCCCGAGCAGGUGGAGGUCUUGCGCAUGCGCGCCCUCGAUCGCAUUCGCGCCUAUGCAGCACAACAAGAGCGCUAUGCCCUUGCAGCGCAGCGCGCGGCCCUGAGCCGUCGACGGGCUGAGCACGAGGAAUUCAUGGCCAUGCGCAACAACGUGCAGCACAGGCAAAACGAGUCCCUGCAGCACGCCUUUAGCCAGCGUCCCAUCGCCGCUCGCCCGAAAUACCCCGAGACCAUCAAGACACAGCGCGCCCGUCAGGCUUUGGAAGCUUGUAUAGCCGAUGAGGCGAGCCAAUGUGUGAGCGCACCUCAAGCUGAAAAAAACGCCCCUGGCAAGAAGACACAAGCAGCCUCGACUGCAUUUGAGCCAGCGGCACCAGCGGCACCAGCGGCACCAGCGACACCAGCGGCACCCGCAGCAGUACCUGCAGCACCCGCACCGCCUGCACCACCUGCACCGCCUGCAGCACCAGCGGCACCAGCACCGCCAGCGGCACCAGCAGUACCCGCAGCACCCGCAGCAGUACCUGCAGCACCCGCACCGCCUGCACCGCCUGCACCGCCUGCACCACCUGCAGCACCCGCAGCACCCGCAGCACCCGCAGCACCAACACCGCCUGCACCGCCUGCACCGCCUGCACCACCUGCACCUGUACCAUCUGCGCUUCAACAAUUGCAAGACACCCCAUCGGGCUCAGCCACAGCCAGUGCAGCUGUAUCGGGUCGCCAAGAUUUGAUGGCGGCCAUUCGGGGUCAUGGCGGCCAGCUCAAGUCGGCCACGACCAGCAAUGCCGAUCAGCAAUCAGCGACCAGUCACAAUUCUAGCACAGCCACGGCAGGAGGGCGCACCGACCUACUGGCAUCUAUCCGUGGCCAUAGUGGGCAGCUCAAGCCGCUCAGCGAGCGUUUGAAGCAAGAGGAAGCAGCUUUGACCAACACACAAGAGCCGACGACAUCGGCUGGGGGAUCAGAUGCUGUGAUUAGUGCACUUAUGGGGGCUUUGGCUCUCCGGCGGGCCAAGAUGGCAUCUGUCGCGAGUAAUCCUGCUUCAAGUGAUAGCGAGGAUGACGGUUUUUAA